UUGCCCAAGAAAAUUGCAUCGCAAAAGCUUCAUCCUGUAUCGCACCGCCGGAAAGGUGUAAUUUGCCAUUCCGCUCGUGGGCGAACCGUGCCGUACAUGCGAGCGCUCGGGCACCGAGAGAACGGCCGUCAGCUCCGUUGCGUGCGCUCGUGCGUGUGCGCGUAACCGAGACAGCUGCAGCGCGCUAUCGCGCCGCACCGGCUACCAGAGCGAGCACGCAAGAGCAACAGAAAAGCGAGAAAAACAGGGAGAAAAAUAAAAUUUCAGCAGCAGCAGCAGUAGCAGCACCAGCAGCAGCAACCAGCCAGCCAGCCAGCCAGCCAGCUCCGUUCGUUUGCGUCUCGGUGUGUACACGCGCGACUAAAAAAGGUACAGGAUUGCAUCCCCGCCACUCGCCCUCCUGUGUGUGUGUGCCGUGCUCUUGUGGCCUCGUGUGUAGAUAGAGAGAGAGAGAUUGAGAGUGUGUACUGAAAACCCCCGACGGUAACAACACCUUCCCGUUUUCCCACCCCGCUCGAAGUCCUUCCAGAGAGUGUGUGUAGUUGUGCUCUGGUGUGUGUUUUAGUAGUGUGUACGGGGUCGCGUUCUGGAGCGUGUUGUGCCGUGUGCGUGUGUGUGAUUUGCGUUUCGUAAGCCGCGUAAAGUGUGCGUGCCGCGGUGCGUCGUAGUGUCGUAGUAAGUGCGGGCGCGUGAAAAGCCACCCGCCCCGAUCCCUCCCAACAACAACAACACCCCGCUACUGUCCCGCAAGAGUAUACCCUAAACCACGGUUUUUACAUCAUCGCGAAUGUGGUUGUGUGUGUAAGUGCAGAAGAAAGAAAGCAAAAAUACUACAAAAAGGAAUAGCGCAAUUCCUACAAAACAACACAAACCGUAGCCUGCUGUGUGUGACUGAACGCGUCCCGAGAACGGCGUGUUUUUGUGUAUUAGUGUCCGUGUCAGUGUGUGUGUGUGUGCGAGUGGUUGUGUUUGUGCGCGCGUAAAAGGUGCAUGCAGUUGCAGGCGCAACGGAACGAAACAUCGUCGUUGGAAAGGCACAGAACGCUUGCUCUGAGUCACUCUGUCCGUCCUUGUGACGUUGGCGUUGGCUUCACAGCUUCCUCGUAAUCUAAUCCCGAGCCGACAACGAUCCCGAGAAACGGAGGAGCUGUCGAAAAACGGACAGCUGGACAACGGCCGGAUGAGAUAAAUCGUUGCUAUUCUUUUCUAAUUAAGAAAUUGAAAAGUGUGUAGUACGCAGGGUGUGUCCCUCCCCGACGUCGACUUCCGAACACAAACAACAGCCGGCAAGGCAGAGAAGGACCGGUGGGUCGCGUACAUACAGCCGCAACACAUAAACCUCAUUAAAAGACAGCAAACACUGCGGGGAGCAGCACAACGUUGCCCUACACACGCACACAACGAAGUAGUGUGAAGUAAGCAGCAGCGGCACUCGUCGUUCGUUCAUCCCGGAACGCGCGUAACAAACGGAAAAGGCAGCUCGUCACAAGCUCCGAGCCAUCACCAGCCAACCAGCCCUCUCUGGAGUCUCUAGAGAGUGUUCAACACACCGAGAAGCACUCCCCUAUCCCUCCCCCUCCACCAGUCUUCAAACACACAAAAACACAGCCAGAAUGGGCAAGCAAAACAGCAAACUGAAGCCGGAGGUGCUGGAGGACCUGAAGCAGAACACAGAAUUCUCAGAUGCUGAGAUACAGGAAUGGUACAAAGGCUUCCUGAAAGACUGCCCGAGCGGUCAUCUGUCGGUGGAGGAGUUUAAGAAAAUUUAUGGCAACUUCUUCCCCUACGGCGACGCCAGCAAGUUCGCCGAGCAUGUGUUUCGAACGUUCGACGCGAACGGUGACGGUACGAUCGACUUCCGGGAGUUCCUGUGCGCACUGAGCGUUACCUCGCGCGGCAAGCUAGAGCAGAAGCUGAAAUGGGCGUUCUCGAUGUACGAUCUGGACGGUAACGGAUACAUCUCCCGACAGGAAAUGCUGGAAAUUGUUACCGCAAUCUACAAAAUGGUCGGCUCGGUGAUGAAGAUGCCCGAGGACGAAAGCACGCCGGAAAAGCGGACGGACAAAAUCUUCCGCCAGAUGGAUCGCAACAAGGACGGCAAGCUGAGCCUGGAGGAGUUCAUCGAGGGCGCGAAGAGUGAUCCGUCGAUCGUGCGGCUGUUGCAAUGUGAUCCGCAGGCGCAGUGAGCAAUUCCAUGCUGAAAACAACACAAAGAAAGCGACACAGAAACAGCAAACAAACCAACAAACAUACACAUACAAAAACAGACAUAACAGCAUGCCUGCAGCCAGCAAAACGCAAGCGAAACUAACAGCCCAAAACACACAAACAAAACACAAACAAACGAAAGCAACAAAUACAACAAAAUGUUUAACACACACUCUUGUACACAAGCAAACAACAAAACAGCGACAUGCUAUUAUAGGUAAACGUUAAAAAGAAAAAACAAAACAAAACACUUAUAAAUAUAUGCCCUAUACAUAUUUUUCCCCUUACACAACUCAAAACUUAACAUUUAACGUAUCUAAAAAGAGAAAAAAAACGAGUUGAUUCAGAAUCAAAACAUCACUGCAACACUAGCUAAACUCCAUCGAAAUUUCCUCAACGUUUUAAUAUAUUGUGUAAAUUGAGCUAAACGAAAACAGAAAUCCCAAUUCGAAAUGCUGAUGAUGAGCGUUUGCACUGAAUUGAUUAUGAAUUAAUAAUAUAAUAACUGCGCUAGCCGGGUGUGCUAGUACGAAACGGAAGGUUAACUAUUUAAAACAAAAAAAAAACAAAACAAAACAAAGAGAAAACAAACCGCGAAAGAUAAUUAGCAAAGCGGCGCAAACUUUUCUUUGUUUCCUCCUGCAACGGAAAUUGUGUUCUUGCAUUUCAACGUGCAAGUAAUAACAACACACGGAAGCAAUUGUGGGGGAAAAAAUGUAUAAUUUUACAGCUAAACACGUUGCGCACCAAAAACAUGAACCCAGAAAACGUUGUACUUUAAAAAUUGGCUUUGUUUGACGUAACAAAAAAUGAGAUAUUUAAUAUUAAUCAAACGUACUUUUUGCUAACUUAUUAUCCAUUUAUUUCCUUCUCUCAAUCUCAAUUGAGCUAACAUGAAUCUGCUCUUCUAUUCUGUUGUUUUUCUUUUAUAAACUCAGGAUUCAAAGAAUUUCAAAGCACACAACUAGGUUUAGGAGUGUAUGAUCGUUAAUUAAGGUUUUUGUUUUCUGUUUUGUCCUAUUUGAAAUACCAACAUUGUAUCGCCAUCACGUGCCACCUUAAACGACAAACUAAAACAUACAAAGCCCACACACACACACACACAAGCAUACAAACAACUCAAACACCACAAAUAUGCCAUAUGCAAAUGCAAUGCAAUGAUUCUCUGCUUGUUUGUCUCUUCCCGUUUCGUCGAUGCGUUCUCUCCCGUGUGUUACCCCGUUGAGUUGAGCCGAGCGGAGGAGGUUGCUUUGGUGAAAGCGCUGUGGCGCGCAGAAGAGGAAACGGGCUGGACAGUACGCUGGCGGGUGAAAAUGUAGCUCCAGACAUAGCACGCCGCUCGGUUGUGGUCGUACGAGCAGCCCGCUUUCCUCUUCUGGCGUGAAAACGCGUGACGCAGACGGGAUCAUCAUUCUUCAGCAGUUUCGUUUUACAAUAAGAAAAUGGUUUGUUUGUUUGUUUGUUUAAUUUACUAAAGAAUAUGAUCCGGUUCUGUGCCAUGCAUAUCGAGCGGGUUCGCUUGACACGGUUACUCUACGACAAGCUUCGAAACGUCGCUCAACUCAAAUCACAAACAAAGCCGGGUUGGGGAAUGGCACCGCAAACGGGAACCGCAACAAGGCAGCGCUAUAGCGUCUAAUACAAUACCAACCAUUACACUGAAUGCCGCACACGCCAUGAAAAGCAAUACAAUACAGAGCAACACAUGCUACCACGAGUACAUUACACACCAUCAAACACACACACACACACAGUGGCAAAGAGCCACUAGAAGAAAUACAAAAACAACACAAUGGAAUUUUUCGCUGCCUCCGCGUACUCACCUAGCAAAAGAAGCGCCCGAUGGAUCGAAGGCGGCCCCAAGCUUUUGGGCGGGGCGGCUGGAUGGGCUCAAUGCACUGUAGCGCUCAACACACACACACACAUAACUCACCUCAUGCAAAGAAAACAAAACCGGCUGUGUAGAGCUGUGUGUAGCAAUAGUGUGUGUGCGUCGUAGUAGGCGCGGCGAAACUGUCAACCGUGCCCAGUCAGUGUGUCACGCGGAACAAAUUAUAUCGGAAUGUGAAAGAGUGUGGUGCGUGUGUGUGAUUGUACAGGCAGGGACUAACAAAAAAGAAAAGAAACAAGCGCGGAAAGAAAACCCCCUCAACACCCAAUAGUGUGUGUGGCGAGCGAUAAGGUAAACCCCAAAUUGUACGGAAUUGAGCGACUGUUUUGCGGAAUGGGGCCGUAAAAACAGGUCCAGCAAUUGUUUGUAAAGCCUGAAACGAACCACUAUUGACGGGGGGAUGCAAAAGACCAGAACGAAACCACGGCACUGAUGUAUGUAGCAAACAAAUAGCAGCAGCCAUAUGUAGAGAAGCAAACAAACUGUGCAAACACGUCGAUCUUCCGAUUAGCAGAGCGUGUGUGGCGGUAGUAAGUUUUGUUGUUUUUCGUUCGGCCCUUACACGCCUACUACUUACCACUACUUCGAGCGCAUUCGAUAGGGUGCGAAAGAGCGAAAAGAGCCAUCCAUAGAAUCCCUUUUGCGCAAAGCAUAGAGAAAAGAAGGGACACACUCACAGCCUAAAGCGAAAGCAUUUGCGUUGCGUUUGAAACCCCAAAAUCUCCUUCAUAGUUUGUAGUUCAUAUCAAACACUCAGUUUGGUUUGAAAGUAUUUUUUCUGCUUCUCCGUUUUUCUCUCUGCCCUCCAGUGUGUCAUGUAUUAUACCCCAUUAAUGUUUCAAGGGGUGUGUGUGUUUUUUUUCUAAUUUCCUUCCAAUCUCUGUCUCACCCGUGCGACAUGCCCAAUGUCCGCGGGAGCCCCAUUUUCUAUUGCUAUUAUUAUUAUUAUUAUUAUUAUUAUUAUGAAUUAUCGUUAUUAUUAAUUAUUAUCCAAAAUGCCUGAUUUCUACGCGCAAACCGUGGUAUGGAACGCCCGCGCAAGCAGCAACCGGUUUGCAACCAUUAUUUAUUAUCGUUUAGUCACUACACGUUGAUCGUACCGGUUAUAUUGUUCGAUUUUGUUCCGGAAGACGGGGACUCGUCUCACACACUUGUGUACUACAAUAUUUACGAUUUUAUGCAAGCUUUAAACAACCCCCCAUUAGCAAGCCCCCAGCAUCGCGAUCGUCCCCCAGUGCGCGGAUUACUAUCAUUUGUUUGUAAAACCGUUUAGAUAUUACAGUUCUGACACCAAUGCAAGCUGUUAACAAAAGAAAACAAUUUUUUUUAUCGAAUUUAUAAAUUUACCAUUCGUAAUCUCCUUUACCUUUCGGUGAUUAAACUGCUCGGAAUCUUUACUUUUCAUACUAAUCGCUGUAAUAGCUAGAAUCAUUUUCCUUUGUCCGAUUUGUUUUGCUCUAGACGCAAUUAUUUAAAGAAGAAAAACGCAGCAAAUGACACUGUUAGAAAGAAAAAAGUGUGAGUGUAUGGAGCACGUGUAUAAGUGUGUUGGUAAAGAGGAAACUUGCACUACACGAAACUACACGAAAAGAGCAGAUAAAAAGAAAAACAUUAUUUCGAGUCCAUACGUAGUGAUGAGAGAGAGAGAAACCAUACACACAUAGAAUGUUGAGCGUAAAACUAUAGCGAGUGGUGUACGAUCGUACAUAUUUAAGUUUGUACAGUCUUUUGAUUAUAUACAUUAAAUCUUUUUAUUUUAUUUAAGCCGUUCGAAUGAGUUUCUGUCUUUUUUUUUGUUUUGUUGUGCUUACUCGUUGCUUACUCUUUGUUAGAAUGAUUUUAUAUUUUUCAUGAAAGAAAUUAUACAAUAUUUUGCUUAUUUAUUUGCAUGCUUCUUAGCUCUAAGUAACUCAGGAGUUUCCUAAAAAAAUAAUCUAAUGCUUGUGUUGUCCAAUGCCACACAGGUCUGGUCGAACGCAAUGGAAGUCUGAUUCCUUACCCGCAGGUCACACGCGUUAAAGAAUGUUCUCUCGAUAUUCAGCUAGAAACUAAAAUCGUUAGUUGAGUUUAUUCCUAGUUAGUGUAUACUAAUAUUAUAGCUACUUGUUGCUCUUUCUCUUACUCCGUCUCUAUCUUCUCUAUUUAAAGGAAAAAAAGCUACAUGAAAACGUUGUUACAAAACAGAAAGCGUUCAAGAGAUAAUGUUACUCCAGAUAGCGAAAAACGAAUCGAUAACAACAACAUCAAACAUUUACGUAGAGCUUUUACAUUAUAACAUAUCGAUACAUACGUACCGUACCGCGCGUGUUUUGUCCCCGACUGGUUCCUUCUCUUCUAUUUACUACUAUUUGCUUACUCCAAACGGUCAAACGAUGUCUCCAUUGUCGAUCGUCGGGACGGCACGGUUACUUUCAAAUUUUUAACCAUCUCGUAGAAGAAACUAUUUUAACCCUCCAUCCCCCCUCUUGUUUUGGUCAUCGUACAGAGAGGGGGUGAAUGUUUUAAUCCCACUUCUUCCGUUCCGAUCUCUCUUCAUCUCUAGGCGUAUCGUAUAUACUCACGUGUGUUUGACCUUUUACCCCUUUCCCACCCAUCUUGUUUGGGUUUUAUUUGACGUUUAGGUAAAGCUCCACAUUUAACAAAUAUGAAAAAAAGUGAAAAGGGAAGGAGGGCGGUAUACAUUACAGCACAAGCGUCUUACGAUCGGAAUACGAGAGAGAGAAAGAAAAAAAACAAAAUAACCAACAACCCCAAAUCGCCCCCAUGUAACAACCACAAACUGUGUUGAAAUUGUGUGUGUGUGUGUGCGUAUAUUUUCAAUGUGAGAGAUAGAGGGGAGGGGUUGAGGGGGCGUGUGUUGGCCGAAGUUACUAUUUCUUGAAGGAAUUACAUGUUGUGUCAGGACAGCAAAAGGAGAGAUGAACGGGACACGAUGUUUGUGGUUAAGGUUUUGGUAAUGAUAUAAGAGCCGUACAAUUGAAUUGAAUGUACCUCCAACACAAACCUUUGGGAUAAUGCAGCCAAUGCACCCAACAGCACUAGGAUCAAUAAUCAUUAUUAUUAGGACAAAAAGGGGAGAGAGCCGUUGAAAGGGCCGAAGUGAAGAGAUAAAAACAAAAUAUUAUGAUUAUGAUAAAACAGAGAUACAAAAGCAUACAAAUAAGCGAUUAUGAUAAUUAAAUUAUUAACAACAAGCAAAACAAACAAACAAACAAAUCAAGCUCUGUGACAUUUAAUUGACGUUUUAGAACACACACACACAAGUGUACGGACUGUGUAAAGGAUAGGUAUGAAGAUAGAAAAAAAAACACUCACACACACUAAGAAGUCUCUUAAUUCGUAUAGUAUUCAUCUCCUUACCAAAGGGCACACACACACAGACACACAGACACAUCAAGUUUGCAUCGGUUUGAAAUUUACUCUCUGUACGUGUUAAGCAAACGAGUGUAGUAGAAAGAGAAAGCGAUACAUCUGUCACGCUUCAGCGCUCUCCGUUCAAACACACAUGAAGAUGACAAGAGAGAGAGAGAGAGAGAGAGUGAGUUUGAACAUGUUUGUUUGUGUGUUUGUGCGUCAUAAGGAACGCUUAGUAUACACUCUACAUACUUAAAACAAAUUAAACGGAGAGAAUUAAAAAUGGUAAAUACAAAAGAAAAAAGCUGUUAAUGCAUGAAGAAAAACAAACACAACUGACAUAGAUAAAGCGAACAAGCACACUUGCACACAUAAUGGGCAUACUGCACACAUGGUAUAUGUAUGUGUAAUGUGUGCGAGUGUGUGCGUUAGUGCAUUUAGAUAGUAUUUUGGAAGUAAUGUGGAACGCAAACAAGGGAGGAACGGUCAAAUUGCAUACAUUCAAAGCCAAGACUGGCGGUAACCAAAAAGAAAACAAAUAAUAUAGUAGAGACACUUUUGUCAAGCGAGACACAACUACCUGAUUUAUGGAGUGCACCAACUAGCAGCAGCAGCAGCGGCAGCUAAUUGGCAGCAACUGCAUUACGCUAUAGUUUAUAUUAUCCGAUCCAGUGCGCGAGAAUGUUACAGAUUUACUCGAUGGCUGAUAGUGCAAAACGGUGUGUACGCAGCAGGCCAUCAAACGCCAUUCAUGUCGCAAGAGUGGUCCACAACACAUUGGGAGACGCAGAGACGAUUUCUAUGAUUAUGGUGUAUAUUUUUUGUAAUCUUAAUGAAUUGUUCUUGUCUGCUCAUGAUUAGUUGUGAAUAACUCCUCCUAGUUUUAGUCUUUUUUUAUUGAAGUGUACUUUUUUUGUCCUAGUUUUAGCGUUUUGUUUUCAUAUACAAACAUCUUCACUUGUUAGAUAGAUAGGCGAACGACAUCAAAGUACUACUAUUACUACUACUACUACUACUACUAUCCUCGAACUCUCCAUAGUAUAAACUCUCUCUCUUCAUAGUGUAAAGCAUCAAGACGCCACUGUGCAAGGGCUGGACGGAAUUUUGGGCUGUGUGUAUGGGUGUGUGUGUGCGUGCGGCAAAAGCUCGCACAACAGACAGCCAACGAUGUAUCCAACCACUUAGCGACAUGCAUACUUUAUCCCCUACUCCUACCCCUACCAUUUUGGGCUGCGUUUAAAGCUUUUGGCCCACCGAAAACGGUUCUAAGCUCCAACAAGUUCCAACCAGUAUAGUUACACACCACCAGCACAUAAUAGGAAAUGUAUUUCUUCCUCUCUUUCUCCUUCUCUCUAUCGCUCUUUGUCUUGCGCCAUCUUUAAAUGGCAAGACAGCGAGUGUAGUGUAGUUGUGUAGACAGCGACAAACUUGGCGGCCGCGUGAAACUAAUUAUUACUAACUACCAGCAGUUCCACCAGCUGGAGCUGGUGCAGCAGAAACUACAGCCACUUACAAGUGAAUUAAUCCAUCGUUUUUUGCGAAAAAAACAAAAAUGCGCAUUACAGCCCACUUUCCCAGGCGCGCGCGCGAAAUGAUUGUAGUGAUAUAAAGCUAAACCAAAAGAGCAAACAAGAUCUUUAAAAUCGAUAAUAUCCACCAUUUUUGAUGCACAACUUCGUUUUACCACUUACCAUUUUACCUGUUGCUCGAUUAUCGUUCAAAAGUAUGAGGAGAAGAGUGAAAAGGAAAAACCUUUAGUAUUAGCAAAACAAACAACCAACGUACGAAGAAUUGAGGAACCGAUGAGGGAAACGUACAGCGUAAACAGACACCGAAAACACACACACACACACAAACACGUACGAAAAGGAAACCAAAUGACAAAUAAAUCAAACGCAAAAGGAUACCUUUUUGAACCUAACAGGAGAGUAGUACUAACGAAAGCAA